GUACUAUAUAACCAUGGUCAUUGCAGCCCUAGAGAUUCAAGCCUGGGAAUUCAAGGUCUUUUAAGUACCAUAGUUGCUGAAGAAACAUCACCAUGCCUCUAAAGGACCAAACUUCUCCAAAUCCUGAGCAGAUGUCCAACCCCGAGGGAAGCAACCCACCUUCUUCCCUUGACAUUGUGGAGUUGACGUCCUCCCUCCAGGCCACUGAACCCCGCAGGGCCAUCUCGUUGCACAAAAGAUCUGCAAGUGACUCCCUAGUCAUACUGAAGAAGCCUUAUCUGGUUGGACAAAGCUCUUCGUCUCUCGUAACAGAGACUCAAAAAUGGGGUCGGAGCUUUGAACCUACCAUGGACCCCAAGAAGAUGAAACGAUUGCUUGCGAACAGAGUUGCAGCUCAGAAUUCGCGGCUGAGGAAGAUGGAAUACAUUGAAAAACUCAAGAAAGACAUAGAGACCGCGGAGGCCCAAAUAGCGGCGUUAGCUCCAGAGGUUUCUUACUAUAAACAUCGACGUGCGGUGUUGCAACAAGAAAACGAUGAAAUGAAACAGAAGAUUGAAUUUCUUGAGAAAGAAGAGGCAAGGAAAGAAGACAAGAAAUUAACAAUUGACCACCUGGUUGCAGCUGAACACCAAGCAUUGAAGGAAGAGAGAGAUAUGCUUGCCCUCACCUAUUUCCUGCAGCAAGAAGACCUUUAGAAGAAUACAGCUAUAUAGUCGGAUGGCAAGAUCCAAUUCUCAAAACCAAAAUCUCGGGUCCUAGACCUGUUAAUUUAAUAUUCGCAAAGUUGCUAGUUUCCUUUCUGUUUUCAAAGUGUGGUUCUAUCCAGGUCCCUGGAUCAUAAACUUUUAAAGUAAUUUUCAAAUAAA